AUGGUUCACAAGAUCCUCUUCUGGGCCGGGUUCGGCAUUGCUACACGAUUCGUACAAUUGGGAAUCGAAAUGAGACCGUUCUUCCAACGCGGCGCGUUAUGGGUGUAUCCGCUCUUCGCAGGCAUUGGAGGAUCAUUCGGAUACUGGUUGAAAGGCGUGGAGGAUCGGCAAGUGAAAAUGUUGCAGCAACGGAAAGAGAUCAUAAUAGAGAAGCGAAGACGGAGGGCCGAGCGAGAAGCUGCUGAAGGUCAAACCGAAACUGCCAGCAUGUUGGCGUCGACGAGUUAA